GACGUAUCUACUGAGCGUAAUGUGGAUGAGUCGUGGCUGAUCAGCUCGACGUGGUGCUCAGCGAGCCUUUGUUUCAUCAGCUCCCAAUUCCACUCUUCACUUCCAUUUCAACACAAUCCAGAGAGGAGAAGAGGAGGAAGAAGAAGUAGAAGAAGAAGAAGAUGUCGAAGCUGCUUUUUCUUCCCACCUCCCGUCUGACGUCACUCCACCUCCGCUCCUUCACUUUCUCUCUCUCCCGACCCCCCUCCGCCGUCCACCUCUCUCCAAUUCCGCUUUACAGUCCACUCCCCAAGCCUUUCCCUGUCUACACCCGCCGCUGCUUCUCCGUUUCCGCAAUCGACACCAAAAACGACGGCGUAUUUCCCUCCGCCAAAGAGGAGCUGAAGAAUGAUGCUACUGCUGAGGUUAACGGUGACGGGAGUGCUCGAGGCUCCUCCGGCGAGGACCAGUACCCGAGUGGAGAAUUUGUGUUUGAGGAGUACGGCGCUUGGAAGAGUCUCGUUGUGAAGCUCAGAUUGCUAUUUGCGCUUCCGUGGCAGCGUGUGCGGAAAGGCAGCGUUUUGACUAUGAAAUUGCGCGGCCAGGUAUCUGAUCAGUUACAGAGCCGUUUUUCUUCAGGACUAUCUUUGCCUCAAAUUUGUGAGAACUUCAUAAAGGCUGCAUAUGAUCCCCGGAUUUCUGGUGUCUACCUGCACAUUGAACCACUGUCAUGUGGCUGGGGCAAAGUUGAAGAAAUUCGGAGGCAUAUCUUGGAUUUUAGAAAAUCAGGUAAAUUUAUCGUUGGCUAUGCGCCUGCUUGUGGAGAAAAAGAGUAUUAUAUUGGCUGCGCAUGUGAAGAACUUUAUGCUCCUCCAAGUGCUUAUUUUGCUUUAUAUGGUCUCACUGUCCAAGCAUCAUUUCUGGGAGGUGUCCUUGAGAAAAUAGGCAUUGAGCCACUAGUGCAGAGGAUUGGUAAAUACAAGAGUGCUGGUGAUCAACUUUCGCGCAAAAAUAUAUCAGAGGAAAACCGUGAGAUGCUGACUGCAUUGCUUGAUAACAUCUAUGGCAAUUGGCUUGAUAAAGUCUCUCUUACAAAAGGAAAAAAAAGAGAUGAUAUUGAAAAUUUUAUUAACGAAGGAGUCUACCAAGUUGAGAGGCUAAAAGAAGAUGGCUGGAUAACGGAUAUCAAGUACGAUGAUGAGGUUAUGUCUAUGUUGAAAGAGCGUCUGGGAACUCCAAAGGAUAAAAAGCUUCCUACAGUGGAUUAUAGGAAAUACUCUCGAGUUAGGAGAUGGACUCUGGGCCUCGCAGGUUAUAGAGACCAGAUUGCUGUAAUUCGGGCCUCUGGAAGCAUUAGUCGUGUACGUGGCCCAUUCAGUGUGUCAAGUUCAGGGAUUAUAGCAGAGCAGUUCAUUGAAAAGAUUCGUAGUGCUAGAGAAUCAAAAAGGUACAAGGCUGUUGUUCUCCGAAUUGAUAGCCCUGGAGGCGAUGCUCUUGCAUCUGAUUUAAUGUGGAGAGAGAUCAGACUUUUGGCAGAGAGUAAACCCGUGAUUGCAUCAAUGGCUGAUGUGGCAGCUAGUGGUGGAUAUUAUAUGUCAAUGGGUGCGCAGGCUAUUGUGGCAGAAAACCUUACAUUGACUGGUUCAAUUGGAGUUGUGACAGGGAAGUUUAAUCUUGGGAAUUUAUAUGAAAAGAUUGGCUUCAACAAGGAGUUAAUAUCAAGGGGUAGAUUUGCUGAGCUUACUGCUGCUGACCAGCGAUCAUUCAGGCCUGAUGAAGCAGAAUUAUUUGAGAAAUCUGCACAGAACGCAUACAAGCAAUUCCGAGAUAAGGCUGCAUUUUCAAGAUCAAUGAGUGUAGACAAAAUGGAAGAGGUUGCACAAGGGAGGGUUUGGACCGGCAAUGAUGCUGCUUCACGAGGCCUUGUUGACGCAAUUGGUGGUAUUUCUCGUGCUGUCGCAAUAGCAAAACAAAAGGCCAACAUACCACAGGAAAGACAGGUUGAUGUUGUUGAGAUGUCAAAGCCUUCCCCAUCGUUGCCAGAAAUAUUGAGUGGUGUAGGGAGCAGUUUAGCUGGAGCUGACAGAAGUUUGAAAGAAUUGUUAAAUGAGUUGGCAUCUUGUGAUGGAAUCCAAGCUCGAAUGGACGGAAUUGUGUUUGAGAAGUUGGAAGGAGCUGCUGCUCAUGGAAACCCCUUACUGAUGUUGAUAAAAGAUUGCCUCAGUUCCCUAUAGAUUACUAAAUUUCAAUUAACCUCUCAUUUCAACCUUGAUUACGAUUUGGCCAUUCUUUACUAUAAAGUUUCUUAUACAGUAAAUCAGCAUUUCCACGGCCUUUAUCUAA